AUGUCGCAGAGAAGGAAGCAUACGGAAGGGUUUGACUGCGAGGGGUGCGAACGGUCAAACUCGGCGGACAACAUGGUUCAGUGCGAUGCGUGUCAAGGUUGGUACCACCUGGACUGCGCGAAUGUUUCGCCAGGAGUGGAGAAUCGUCGGUGGCACUGUACAGCGUGCCCUCCAGUAACUUCCAAACCGAUGAAAUCUGGCAAUAAGAAAACUGCUACUAGCGGCCUGACCCCGAGAGAGUUGAGCGAUGCAAGCUCGAAGAAGGGUGGUAAGGCCAGCGAUUGCAGAGGAAAAGAGACGCCGCUGGUUACCAGUGGAGUAUUGAAGGGUUCGUCGAUGGGUGGUGCGUCGUCUGUCAGCAACUGGACGCCGAAAAAGCACCCAGAAAACUCGAAGCAGGCUGUUAUUCUGGAUAGAUCCGUGCGCACCUCCAGUUCUCAAGCUCUAGCGCAGAAAGCGCUGCUGCGUCUGAAAGAGAAACAGGAGUUGGAAGAGCGAAAGCUAGAAAACCAACAGCGUGAGUUGGAGAAAGCACGGGAGCGCCUGCGAAAGGAAAAGGAGCUGGAAGAAGAGGAAAAUGCGAUAACCAAGGAGCGAUUAGAAAUGCUGGAGAAGUUCAUGGAAGAGAAGCACGAUUUGGAGGAACAACUUGCGAUCGAUGAAGUAUCUUCCCAGCGCAGUUCCAACAGCGUUACAUCAUUGACACGGAGAUGGUUGAAAGACCAACUGUCGCGUAACGGAUCUAAACAGCAAGAGGCGAUAAAUGAAACAGUGGAGAACGAAGAAUACCCCGCUACGUUGCCAUCAGGGUUCGCGCACGAAUCGGAAGAACGAAAACGAGCUCUAGCGGCUAAACUUUUAAGACGCAAGCCUGAAGCGCCGACGGAAAGUGUUACGAUUGGGAAAACCCCCCCAGGUGAUGGAAGUCGUGACGGCGCGGCAUCUAGUUUUAACUACAAUGAAACGCCUAUUAUGCAACUGAGUGCAAACCAGAUUGCCGCGAGACAGCUAUGGCCGAAAAAGUUGCCAACGUUUUCGGGAGAUCCCGAAGAGUGGCCCAUAUUCUACAGCAGCUACUUGGAUUCAAACACUGCAUGUGGAUUCACACCGGUAGAAAACGUCAUUCGACUGAGAGAAUGUCUCAAGGGUCCGGCACGCGAUGCGGUGGUGACGAAGCUGAUGUUCCCACAUGCAGUUACGUCGAUAAUAGAAACCCUUCGAAGAUUGUACGGACGGCCGGAGUUGCUAGUGAAGAAUCUUCUGGGAAAAGUCCGGCGCUUGGAGACACCGAAACCGGAACGAUUAGACAGUCUUAUCAAUUUCGGCAUGGCAGUUCAACAGCUGUGCGACCAUCUCGAAGCCGCGAACCUUCGGAGCCAUCUGACAAAUCCGACAUUGCUAGAAGAACUCGUGGAUAAGUUGCCGGCAGCGAUUAAGCUCGAUUGGGUUCGACACAAGCGAGCGUUCAAAGAUCCGUCGCUAAAGCAGUUUGGUGAGUUUAUGGACAGGCUGGUGGUAGAUGCUAGUGAGGUGACCAUUCUCGUGCAUCCGAAGAACGAAAGUGUCCAAACAGAACGAUCCAGACAGAACCAAAGGACUCAUAUUUACACACACAACGACAUUAUUGCCACAGCUGAUAACGCUCCGCCCCGAAAACCGUGUCCGAUCUGUGCUAAAUUGGAUCAUCGAGUACGGAACUGCGCUGACUUCAAACAAAUGAGUCUUGACGCACGUUGGAGAGCAAUAGACGAAAACAGGCUUUGCACCGUGUGCCUUUUCGACCACGGUAACUGGACCUGCAAGUCCAGAUUCUACUGCAACGUCGGGAACUGCCGUGCACGGCAUCACCCAUUGUUACAUCGAGAGGAGACAGCGACUGUGAUGAAAGCUGACUGCAAGGCUCAUCAGCUAUCAACGGCGAUUAUUUUAUUCCGAGUUGUACCGAUCACGCUGUUCAAUGGUUGGAAGAGUAUUGACACCUUUGCCUUCCUUGAUGAAGGUUCCUCUCACACUUUGAUCGAUGCAAGUGUAACGCGCAGCCUCGGAGUCGUGGGGGUCUCAGAGCCACUGGAGUUGACGUGGACUUCGAACGUGGUCCGCAAAGAGUGUUCGUCGGAGCGGGUAGACUUGGUAAUUUCAGCUAGAGGGGGACUGGAACGGUACAAACUCGUGGCGGCGCGCACAGUUGGCGCACUGAACCUACCGAAACAAAGCUUGCGGUUAAACGAACUGACCAAACAGUUCAAGCACCUCAAGGACGUCCCCGUGGUGCCAUUUGAGAACGCUGAACCAAAAGUGCUUAUCGGUUUACGGAACCUUGAUCUGUUUGCCCCGAUCGAGAGCCGAGUAGGUCGACCAGGGCAACCAAUUGCAGUGAAGAGUGCUCUCGGCUGGACAAUUUAUGGACCAUGCGGAUGCAAUAAGGACCAGGACUCUUUUAUAGGAUUCCACGGACAUAUAUCCAACGCAGAACAAGAGCUGAACGAGAUGAUCCGGCAACAAUUUAUCCUAGAAGACACCGGGAUCGCACCUAUUACACUACCGGAGUCGGCGGAAAAUGCACGAGCGAGACAAAUCUUAGAAAAAACCACGAUUCGAGAGAAUGGAAGAUUUGUAACCGGACUAUUAUGGAAGAGUGACGAGAUAUGCUUCCCAGACAGUCUAGCGAUGGCGACAAAAAGACUAAAGAAUCUUGAGCGUAAACUGGCCAAGGAUCCCGAACUAAGACAAAACGUACACAAACAAAUUCGCGAGUAUAUUGAGAACAGCUACGCACACAAAGCGACGCAGGAGGAGCUGGGUACAGCCAAUCCCAACCGUGUAUGGUAUCUGCCGCUAAACGUGGUGGCGCACCCUAGAAAACCACACAAAACGAGGCUCGUAUGGGAUGCGGCUGCGAAAGUAGACGGUGUGUCGCUGAAUUCUCAACUGUUGAAAGGGCCAGAUCUACUUGUGUUGCUACCGGGAGUAAUCUGCAAAUUUCGCGAAAGGCGUAUCGGGUUUGGAGGCGACAUCGAAAAGAUGUUUCAUCAAAUCCGAAUUAAGCCCGAAGAUACUCAUUCUCAACGAUUCCUGUUCCGCUUCGAUGAGAGUCAAACACCAGAUGUCUAUAUUAUGGACGUUGCAACAUUCGGUGCCUCUUGCUCGCCAUGUUCGGCGCAGCACGUAAUGCAUAGAAAUGCGGACGAAAGCAGAGAGGAAUUUCCCGAAGCGGUUGCAGCCAUUAAAGAGAAAACGUAUAUGGAUGACUACUUCGACAGUGCAGACACGCCAGAAGAAGCAUCGAACCGAGCACAGCAAGUGAAACUGAUCCAUUCUCGAGGCGGAUUGAACAUGCGGAACUGGAUCAGCAGCAGUGACGAGGUCCUGCAACACCUAAAGGAGCCAUCUCAGCAAAGGCUGCUUUCUAUCGAUUGCAACGAGGAAGAGAAAGGACAACGGGUUCUUGGAAUAGCGUGGGACUCGAGAAAAGAUAUUUUUGUAUUCUCAACAAGCUGGCACGGUGAGCUGGCUCCGUACGUGCUAGAAGACAAGCGGCCAACGAAACGGAUCGCUCUGCGCAUUAUCAUGAGCCUCUUUGAUCCCCUAGGGUUGCUCGCACCCUUCCUGAUUCAUGGGCGGAUGUUGAUUCAAGAUCUCUGGCGGCUCAACUUGGGUUGGGACACCGAAAUAGCCAACAGAGAGUACGAAAAGUGGCGACAAUGGGUUCACCUGCUUCCCGGCAUCAGUAGCCUAGAGAUCCCGCGCUGUUAUUUCGGAAACGCUCAUUCCAACCUCUACGAGUCGUUACAGCUGCACGUUUUCACCGACGCUAGCGAAUUGGGAUACGGUUGUGCCGCGUACUUCCGCGUCUUGAUAAACCGAGAAGUACGAGUAGCCCUAGUUAUGGCUAGAAGCAAAGUGGCCCCGCUUAAGUACCAAUCCAUUCCGCGGAUGGAACUACAGGCGGCGCUCUUGGGAGCGAGAAUGAUGCACACUGUAAGCAACAACCACACACUGCCAAUCAGAGAAAAUUUGUCGCGUACCGAAUCGGAGAAAUUCUGUCGUUAA